UAUACCGACCAAGAAGAAGUUGCUACCUUUUGAGAUGAAAUGGUACCAAGGAGCUACUCAAUGCUCUGCUCUUACAUGUAUGGAACUAGGUACCGGGCCCCCCGCUGUAUCCACUUGUUGUCCUACGGAACCCUUGGAACAAUACAAAAAUACUUUGGUGUCAUUCUUUUAUCAAUGAACCAAUUAAAUAAAUGCCAUUUUUCCCUUCCUACUUCAUCUUGCAUAUCGUACAUCAUAUCUCCAGUAUCCUCCAUAUCAUUUCUACUAUUAGCAGCUCCAGUUGUAUGCAUAAUGUAGAUCACCUAGCCCUCUUCUACUCUACAUUCUCCCGGUUUUCUCGUCGACCUGUUGGUCUCUAAAGCCAAUUAGAUUGCUCUAGUGAUAAUCUCUUGUUACCUUGUCUGC